UGUGGGACAUUUCUGUAGAAGUCAACAUGGAUACUAAACUUGUCUUAAUUCUUUCCUUGUGCGCGUGUUUGGUACACUGCCAGACACCGAAGUGUAACGACAUUGACACCCAAGCCUGUCAUCUUUUGGCGGCCAACAAGCCGGACCUGUGUCAGGAUGCUUACCUCAGUAAAACAGCAUGCCCGAGAUUCUGCAAGCUUUGCCCAAUUGAGUGCCAUCAGUGUAAUGCCACGGUCCUCGACUACAACGAGUGUAACACCACCAUGCUAUGUGCUCCUGGAGAGAUUUGCAUGCUGAAGGAGCUGAAAUCCUGGCAGGACGGACACCAUGAGUACGAGAUGACGUGUACAGCCACCCAGUCUUGUGACGGCGGAUCAGACCUCGUCAUACCGUUCGGCAAACGAGACUUGAAGUCACGUGACCUGUCCGUCACGUGCUGUGACAAAGACUUGUGCAACUAUCCGAGUGGCGCCACUCCCACGCAACAUUCAACGGGUUGCCCGAAAGACGUCGUGUUCUUAAUAGACGAGAGCUCUACCCUGCUACAGACCGACCACCAGGCCAUCGUGCGAUCCCUGACGGACGUGGCCCGGGCGCUCAACAUCGGACCCACGGAGUACCAGGUCGGUCUGUACGGCUACAGUAAUCAUCCGACGGAAAAGUUCGACCUCGACGCCAAUACUUAUCAAAACGAACUCGUGCAGAGCAUACAACAAGCUGAUUUGCUUCAGCGUAACCACUUUGCGUCCGACGCGUCGGCAGCUGUUGAAUACCUCGUAAGUACAGCCCUCACACCGCAGCAUGGAGACAGGGCCGGCUACCCAGACUCUGUGGUGAUAAUAACAGACCCCAACUCCUCCCGAAGAACACAUCUCACCGCGCUUGACCGCUUUACGCUCGAGAACCGCGCCUCUAACAUAAUGGUGGUGAGCGUUGGAGGUUCCGGAAUUCUGUCAUCUCCACUGGAGGUAUUGGGGGGUACCAUCGACCAUGUGCACAGCUCACUGACCAUGGACAAGGAACUGACGCCUAAACUGCUCGCCUUUCUACAGCACUGUUAGUCACAUGACGUGAGAGUUGAGCUAAUUCAGUAAU